GUAGUCACUCUUGCGAGCGAGCAGAAUUAUCCGUCUGAAUGUAGAGAACUCGUUUACCUGUCUGGACUCAGAUUGCUCGGCGUUUCUUUCCCAAUGGCUGUAGUUUUCUUCGUGAAGAUCAGUAUUUUGAUGGCGCUGCUUUUCGGUUGGGUUCAGUCCUCUCGAUUAUACACAGAAGAGGAUCCAGUUGUUAUUCUGAGCAGCGAGACCCUGAAGCAGAGCCUACAGAACUCGUCAACCGCCUGGCUGGUUCAGUUCUACUCGUCCUGGUGUGGACACUGUAUCCAGUACUCGCCUACGUGGAAAGCAUUGGCAGGCGAUGUAAAAGACUGGUCGCAGGCAGUCCGGAUUGGGGUUGUGGACUGUGCUCAUGAGAAGAACUUCGACAUAUGCAAGGAGUUUGGAAUCCACUUCUACCCCACCUUCAGGUAUUUCAAGGCACAUGACACCACAAAUGACUUUGGGAAGACAUAUCGAGGGGCCGACAGAGAGCUGCAGACCGUACGGCAGCUGAUGGUGAACAUCCUCCAAAACCACACCAGACCAAACUGGCCUUCGAACUGGCCUCCUCUGGACCCUGUCAGGACCGAGGACAUUCUAUCCUUAAUAGGGAAGAAAGCAGAGCACUACACUGCUGUUAUAGUGGAGGAUGAAAUCUCCUACAUGGGUAGAGAGGUAAUUUUGGACCUGAUGCCAUAUGAGGGUUUGACAGUGAAGCGGGCUGUCAACUCAGACAAGCUUCUAAUGGAAAAACUAGGAAUCACUUCGGUUCCCACAGCGCACCUCUUCCACCCCAACGGCACGCACACAGUCAUGCACGUUCAAAAGAGGCUGCGCUUUUUCUUCUCCUCAUUUUUGAAGCUCCUCCCUGGAGUGCACCAAAAACAGUCCACAUCAUCGUCACAGCAUCUUAACCCUGGGAGUAAAGAACAGGGAGCCCAGGUGGAGUGGAAAGACUUCACAAAGUCUGAAGUAUAUAUGGCUGAUCUGGAGUCAGGCUUACAUUACCUAUUGAGAGUCGAACUGGCCACUCACAAGACCCUAGAAGGAGAGGAACUAAAGAUCUUCAAGGACUUUGUAGCGGUUGUCGCCAAGCUUUUUCCAGGUCGUCUGUCUGUGGUGAAACUUCUUGAGACGUUGCUGGAGUGGCUAGUGAGUUUACCUUUGGAGAAGAUUCCUUAUGAUGCCAUCUUGGACCUUGUUAACAACAAGAUGAGGAUCUCUGGGCUUUACCUGAGUGAUCGUGUGCAGUGGGUGGGAUGCCAGGGCAGCAGUGUGGCACUGAGAGGAUAUCCCUGCUCCCUCUGGACCCUCUUUCACGUUCUGACCGUCCAGGCUGCCGGCCGACCUGAUGCUCUCGCCAACACUGGGUUGGAAGAGGAUCCUCUUGCAGUGCUUCAGACUAUGAGACGGUAUAUUGGGACGUUCUUCGGUUGCCAGGAGUGUGGUAAACACUUUGAAGAGAUGGCACUGGAGUCACUGAACCAGGUCAAAUCUGUGGAUGAUGCGGUACUUUGGCUCUGGAGAAAACACAACCAGGUGAACGCAAGGCUGGCAGGCUCAAUGAGCGAGGACCCCAUGUUUCCCAAAACUCUGUGGCCAACUCCUGAUCUCUGCCCCUCAUGCCACGAGGAACAGGAGGGCCUGCAUGUCUGGAAUGAGCAGAUGGUGCUUGCUUUCCUCAAGCAGCACUUUGGUGCUUCAAACAUCUCUCCCAAAUACACCAGCAGCAGCCAACCGGAGCCAGGCCCUCCAGCUCUCGAACAUCCCAAAGCCCACGUAACUCAACCCCACGGCGAAAUACACCUCAACCAGGACGUCAUGCCGUCUCCUGAGAAUCCUAAACAUCUGAAGAGGACUCACAUCGAGGGGGAUCAAGAUACGGUUGUCCAGAGAGAACCCAGGCCGGGAAUGACAAUUUUGGGUCUGGGCUUCUCCAGCGUGGACAUGAGUCUCUGCGUGCUGCUCUACGUCCUCUCCUGCGUCUUCCUCAUGGUCAUGUUCUUCUUCUUCCGCGUUCGCUCGAAAAGGUGGAAGUCCAGGAACUAUCGGCCUUACGUUUAGCGAGCGUUCAGAACAAUUCCGGAUAAGGUUGAUGUAAUGUAUUGAAGCCUCUGCCAAGUUUCCAAGAAGACUUUAAUUUAUUUCUUUACUUUUAUUUCGUUUAGCCGUGUUUUUUUGUGAAUUAUUUUGUAAGGAAGACCUCAAGAUGCUCAAUUUAUUUAUCAUACCUAGAUGUGUGACUAAGAACUUGUUUCCAACCCUCAACAAACAGGAAAUGAUCUAUCAUGAUAAACAACUUUAUAAUUCUAAAAUAAAGAGUCUCAGCAUA